UUAAGCCAUUUUCAGUAGGAAUUUUUCCAUCACUGAACGGACGAUGGUAGCUCAUCCUGCUGGAGGUUUUCCUCACGUUUUGGGUUUAAUUUGCUACAUGUUUGUAUCACUUCUUUCUAACCGUGUGAAGCAACAAACUCAUUGACAGACGAACCGCACACAACGGAUAGAGGAAAAUUUUCGUCAUUGAUGUUUUCACUAUUUUAUCGCGUUUUAGUGCAAUAAACAUAUCAAAACUUAGUUAUUUAUAGUUGUUACGAGUUAUACAGUGUACUUCCGGUGUAGUGGAUACAGGAAUCGGGAAAAUUCGUGCUUUUAUCGGGAUUGCAAAAUUUGCCUGAAGACGUCGUUGGGCGAAGCUGUGAAAAAUACUUUGUUUACAUCGAUGCUACCAUAAAAAAUGCCUUUCACAGAUUGCGUGCAUACAAUGGUCUAUCGAAAACAAGAUUCUAUUAUUUGCAGCGAGUUUAGUCAAUGCAAAGUAGUUUGAUGAAGAAUGGAGGUGAUUUACCAGGUAGAGUAAUCCGAACACCAGAGUCAGAGACACACUGCAGCUAGUUCGGAUCGGCGGAAAAUGAGACAAUUGCCAUUACAUAAACAGUGGCCUCGUCACUUGCAGUGCAAAGCUGUAGCUAGCGGAAUGCUGAUUUCGCUAAUAAUCCUGGGCAUUCUGUUACCCUACGGCACCGAAGGUCACACCGCUCAGAAGAAUUUGCAUCAGCAGCAGUCUUGCGACAAAACAAGACGCGUUUUUAACGAAUCGUACGGAGAAAUCAGCGACGGACCGUCCGGAUAUAAUUACACCCAAGAUUCGCACUGCGAGUGGCUGAUAAAGGCUCAAAAUGAUAGCCAGUACAUCACGCUCAACUUCCGAAGCAUGGGCACCGAGUGCUCGUUCGAUUACAUCUUUAUCUACGACGGGGAUUCAUUCCGAUCGCCGCUGCUCGGCAGUUUUAGCGGUAAAACCGAACCCCAGCGAGUGGUGGCGUCGUCCGGAAGUAUGCUGGUGCUGCUGUACAGUGAUACCAACUACGUACUAGAGGGAUUCAAGGCGGAAUUUGCCGUGUCCAACUGUCCCAAUAAUUGCACGGACCACGGGAAGUGUGUGGAUCAUUCGUGCGUUUGCAACGCCAACUGGAUUGGGGAUGACUGCAGUCAAGACGCGUGCCCCGACGGAUGUGGACAGAGUGAAGGAAGAGGAAGUUGUGUGGGUGCACAAUGCGUAUGCUUAAGUAACUAUUCCGGCCAAUCGUGUAGCUUACACAAGACACAUCCCGUUCCCAACGAGUGGCACUGGUUGUCCAACUCGAAGAACGGGUUAACUCCGCGAGCCACUCACACUGCAGUGUACUACGCACCAACAGAUUCGCUGUACGUGUUCGGUGGAUACAAUCUGAAUAAAGUGCUCGGUAGUCUGAGCAUUUACCGGUUCAACACGAGCCGAUGGGAGAACGAGUGGGGCGUAAGCCUCGCUAGUGAAGAAAUGCAAUCGAUAGCAACGAUGAAUGGAAGUGCCCGGAAGGGAACGCUGUUUAGGGAACCAUCCGAAGACACGCUAGGAAUGGGAAUAGGACGCGAGCCAAACUUUUUCAACAACUUUAUCUUCUCGCUGGCGGACAACAAAACCGGUCCCUUUGGAGCAGUUUACGGAAACAAUUCACGUCCAACUGGACGGUACGGUCAUGCGGCGUGUGCAGUAAAGAAUGGUUUCGUAAUAUUCGGGGGCAAACUCGCCGGAGGUCGCUUGUCAGCGGAUUUAUGGCUGUACAAUAUAACAGAAAAUGGAGGUACUUGGUCGGAACGAGCGCUAAGAUCGGCUUUUCAGCCUCCACCGCUAACCAGACACACCUUAACCGCGGCUGAAAACUAUCUGUACGCUUUCGGUGGAGCACUCGAGAAUGGAGAAUUUUCUUCGCGAUUGUUUCGAAUUCAUCUGUCGGAAAACGCCAGUACUGAACAAUGGGAAGAAGUGUUUCCUCGUGGAGGAAAAACGUUGGAUCUUCGACUAGUGGCUCACACGACCUCCUAUCAUAAACACACCAACUCACUGAUCGUGUACGGCGGUGUUGUGGCUGGGGUUGCGCGAUUUUCCAAACUGUCCGAUAGGAUGUUUACCUUCCAGCUGGACCAUCUUCACUGGACAGAGAUAAUGUAUCCCCGGACACCGCUGAGGGACGCUUAUAUUCCGCGAGAGCGCGCUUUCCAUACAACAACAAUCAACGGAAACUAUUUGAUCGUGUUUGGCGGAUAUACUCAUAAACACAACAAGGAAGAAAUUUGCUACGACAAUCAAAUGUAUCUGUAUCAUCUGGGCUGCCACAACUGGAUUAGCCAGGACGUGCUGGGCAAAUCUCGAUAUCCGAAACAACAAGGCGUUUUUGCCCAUGCUGCCGCUUUAAGGAAUGGAAAAACUUUACUCCUUGUUGGCGGAUACCACGGUAAUGUAAACGGAGAUUUACUAGCAUACACAUUGCCACCGAUGUUGAUUGUCGAAAACGAGGAAACCUUUGAACCCGAAGCUGCCUGCCCGAGACAUGCCUCCGUAACAGAAUGUCUGUCGGAUCCCGAGUGCGGAUGGUGUUCGGCGGAUGGCCUCUGCUACGGAAGAACGGUCGGAGCCAAUUGUACCACAAAUUUGCAAACGAUGCGAUGCCGUGGAAUCUGUCCGGCACUUGGGGACUGCCACUCUUGCCUGAUUCAUGGUUCCUCCUCUACAGGAAAUAUCAAAUCCAUCGCCAACAAACUUGGUCUCGAUCGGUGCACUUGGUGUGUUCAAAAUGCUCGCUGUCACCACAAGGACGACAAUUACGGAGUUUGUGGAGAAGACACUCCGUCCGGAUGGUGGGGGCCAAAGGGCACAGAGGUCAUCAAACCAGAACAGUGCACAGAACUGGACACAAGACCAGGCCUCACAUUCCUCAAAUACUUAGCCCCUAUUAAUUGGUCAAUGCCUGAUACGGUCAUGAUCGUCAACGCAACCAUGGUCGAUUUUAAUCUUCCGUCCUCAACAACUCAUACCGAGCAAUCUUUCAGCGGACAGGUCGUUGCCCGUUUGCUAGGAUACAUCCGUCCACCUGCCGUGUGGGAAGGAGCAGGAGAAAAACUCAGAGCGUGUGCCAGUUACUCGCAAGCUGUACUACGAAUGGCUUCCACCGAUGCCGUCGACUACAAUCCUCGCAAGAAACUCUACCCGGUUGUAACCGCCAACAUUACCGCAAGCCACACAACAAUCUGUGAGAUGGCUCAGUGGAGAAGUUUAGAGCCUCGCUAUCGUGUAAUGGUAGACUUCCAAGCGAAAAGAAACAUGAACACAGGCGCCCAGACUCACCCUCAGCAAAUCAGUAAGAUGGGUCUUCAGCACAGCGCAAUCAACCAGGAAAAUCCAAAGGCAUUCACGUUUGAGUUUUUGGAACCUUACUCCAACGGAUCCUGCAGUGAAUACAAUAACUGCCUACAUUGCUUAGCAGAUUCGCUGUGUGGAUGGUGUGAAACGACCAACGAGUGCGUCUCCCGCCAGGAAAACGAAACGUUAGUUUGUCGUCGCGGAGAUAACUGGCGCUACCUUACCGUAAAUCCGUCUCAAUGUUCCAACUGUUCGAACUACAUUUCCUGCGAGCAGUGCAUCGAAGCUGGUAUCUGCGAAUGGUGGGCUGAGGAUGCUCGCUGUUCCCGAAAAGGUCGAUCCGUAACUGCUGUAACAGAACUAGAAGCAUGUCCUGCGCCGUGUUACUUGCGUGAAAACUGCUCCAGUUGUCUCAACGAUCGCGGUCGAUGUGUGUGGUGCGAGGCAACCAGUCAGUGUUUCAGUUUUUCGGUUUACACCAGCGAGUAUCAAUUUGGGCUUUGUCGCGAGUGGCUCGAUCAAACCAUGCCAAUCGGGAUGCCACAGUCACAAGAUCCAGCGCAACAACACUCGAUUCAACCGAUCCAGCAGUGCAAAUCAUGUACCAGCCAUCAGAACUGCUCACAUUGCCUUCGAUCACUGAGCUGCGGCUGGUGCUACGACGUGGACAAUCCCAUCGAGGGCGUUUGCAUACAAGGUGAUUUCAAUAGAUCCGCUUUUGAUUGCAGUACGGCACUGAACAUUACAGAAGACAGAGCCCGAUGGUCGUAUGCCCAGUGUCCAGAUGUGGACGAGUGUGAACUGGGUCUGCACGAUUGUCACGCACAAGCUGAGUGUAUCAACACGCACGGAUCUUACACCUGUCGCUGCCGGAAAGGAUUCCUGGGCGAUGGAAUCCGUAAUUGUAUUCAAACCUGUUACGAAACGUGCGUGCACGGGUACUGUUCCGGAGGUCCAGAGUACAAAUGCCAGUGUGACCUUGGCUGGACGGGAAUCGAUUGCAGUCAAAACUGUGCGUGUAACAAUCAUUCAACGUGUUCCCAGGGUGUGGGCAAGUGCGACAAAUGUAUGAACUGGACGGAAGGCCUACACUGUGAGCGAUGUAGUCCGGGAAGUUUCGGAAAUGCGACGACCCAGUUGGGUUGCCAACCGUGCGAUUGUAAUGGGCACGGCAAUGAGGCUCUUGGAAUAUGUGACUCACAAACUGGCGAGUGCUACUGCCAGGACAACACGGAAGGACUCAAGUGUGAAGUGUGUAAUCGGAACUUUUACGGUGAUCCGAAGGCCGGCGGUCAGUGCUACUACCAGUGUGAACCUCGCGGAGUUUUGACCCACAUUGGAACACAAGGAAUAGGAUCACACCAGUUGCACAAAUCUGCCCGUGGAGGAACAGAAGCUCGUGAGUGCCUGUGGAUUAUAAGUCCGUAUGUGAAGCACGGUGUUGAAUUGAAGAAUGCUAUAAUUCAGUUUGAGAUUGAGCCACAAGACAUGAAUGUAACGUGCGGGCAGAACGCGAUUUAUGUAUACGAUGGAUUGCCGGACUUGACCGGGGUAACGUUACAGAAGCAGUUGUUGGCAGUAUUUUGCAACGAAAACAAAAGUCCUUGGAUAACGGAAGCUCGUUCAGGCCAUUUAACGGUUCACUACAGGCAGGGCCAUGAUCAGGGCUUCAAGGCGAUCUACAGCGUAAUGAGUUGCAAUAUCAACACCUGCAAACGACCAUACAUUUGCUCAGAUAACAAAUGUGUGUGCCCAAAAGGGUUCACCGGUCCGCGAUGUUCGCUGAAAAUUUGCCCCUUAGAUUGCAAUGUUGAGCAGAAGCAAGGAGUUUGCGACGCCGGAUACGGACGCUGUAUCUGUGCGCCAGGUUUCGGCGAUGCAGACUGUUCCAGACAAAUCAAGCCGUCCAAUAUAGUGUUUACAGAACUGUUCAACUCGUAUCUCAUUUCGGAAAAUUUUGAACAUUUGCGUAAGACUCUGCCCCGAUUUGGACACACUCUGGUAGCAGAUCGACGUGGUUCGCUGUGGAUGUUUGGUGGAUACUCGUUAUCCCACGGCCCACUGAACGAUAUUCGCCAGUUUGACACGAAGAACAACACCUGGAUGCAGGUAACGGUCGAUUCCAGCCCUGAAGAUCGAAUGCCCUUGGGACGGUACUUUCACGCAGCGGAGAUGAUCAUGUCCAAGCAAGCCAUCUACAUCUACGGCGGACUUUCACGCAAUCAAACCGACCACCUGGUGUUGGAUGAUUUCUGGCAGUUUGGCCUACAGUCGCAGCGAUGGAGUAUUGUGAACCAGAAAGGCUCCAAGCCACCCCAGUUGGCAGGACAUUCAAUGACUCUGAUCAAGGAAGCCGACAAGGAAGUGUUGUUGGUGAUUGGAGGUUUUUCCGUCUCAGCUGGGCUGUCCACUCACAUUUGGAUGUUCGAUCUCGGCUCGAAUAGCUGGUCCAAAGUGUUGACCACAGGCGGGAAACCCGCUGGAAUUUUUGGACACAGUGCAGUGUGUCAUCCGUCGAAGCAGAUAUUGUACAUAUUUGGUGGAAUCGUCUAUUCAGGUGGACGGACUCGUGUUUCGAACAAAAUGUACGCCCUCAAUUUCAAAAACUUCAGGUGGAUUGAACUUCCAGUUUUCGUAAAUAGACAAUCUGAUUACAUUCCUCAAGCGAGGUACCUUCAUUCGGCGGUUACAACGGAGAAUUAUAUGCUGAUAGUUGGAGGAAGGUUCCCGUCUGGUGGAACGGGAGACACGCUGGUAGCUUAUGUGUACAAGUGUAAUCAGUGGAUUCGACUAAGCGGAGACAUUGAAAUCAUCGGAAGCACUUUCGGGCAGAUUUACGCCCAAGCGAUGACUCAAGAUCCAGAAUAUGACGCAUUUUACGCUGUUGGCGGUUGGGAUGGAAGCAGUUACAGUCGUGUAAUUAAAAUUAACAUCCCAGCUGAUUUAUGUGAUCUUUGGAGCGGUUCCAAGUACAUUUGCCGGCAGUAUAUGGGUUGCAGUUUUUGCGCUAUCAAGACAAUGGAUGAAUAUACCUCGCACUGUUACGCCUACGGAAAUUCCGACAUUUGUGACGCACAAAACGGGACGCUAUCGUUCAACAACGGAGCACCUUGCGACGACGAUUGGCUAUCGAAACGAAACUGUUCAUCGUUUGACUCGUGCGGCACAUGUCUAGCAACUUAUCCGUUCCAUACGGAAGCGCAACCAGCAUGCCAGUGGUGUCCUACUUGCGGAGGACAUGGUAAAUGUAUGCCUUUUGAAUCAAACUCGACAAGUACGAUAGACAGCUGCCCGAUGGUCAGUUGUGUCGCGUCGGAUUGUGAGAGUUGUAACGCAAUGCCGAACUGUACAUGGACGCUUUCGGGAAAAUAUUACAAGUGCCAGUUUCGGAAUGAUACUGACGGCAACAGAAAGCCUUCGAUUUGCCCGAUGAGCUGUCACACACAUACCAGCUGUAGCACCUGCUUGAGUCAACCAUCUUCCGAGGGUGGGUGGUCGGAUUGUCGGUGGUCAACGCAGCUUAACGAGUGCAUUUCUCCCAGUUACCAACCGCUGUACUGCGCUGGAAGCGUCUGUGGACUUGUGCUGGAACCAUCGGAUAUUGACCAGUGUCCUGAACCGUGUGGAUCAUUCCUGCAAUGUGCCACCUGUUUGCGGCAUGCCCACUGCGGUUGGUGCUCACGGAAUGGAACCGAAGGGGACGGGGUUUGUACGGAAGGUUCUCUGGAUAGUCCGGUUGAUUAUCCCGCCUCUUCUACGUGCGAUGUAAUUUACCGAGCUAAGAACAACAUAACCACGAUUGAUUCCAACGAUCGAUUCAGCUGGAACUACAUCAAAUGUCCACCGGAGAACGAAUGCGCUAACAGUCAUCACAAUUGCAACGUGAAAUCGGAGAGGUGCGUUGAUCUGCUGCAUGGAUACGAGUGCCAGUGUGCCGAAGGGUAUCGCGGACAAUUGAUAGAUUCGGCCAUGGUAUGUGUUCCAGUUUGCAAGCAGGGUUGCGUUCGUGGAUCUUGUGUGGAACCGGACAAGUGCGAUUGUGAUUUUGGAUAUGUGGGUGCCAACUGUAGCAUUCAGUGCCAAUGCAACGGACAUUCAAACUGUGCAGGACCUGACCAGUUGGACACGUGCUUGCACUGUCACAACAACACUCUCGGAGUACAGUGUGAAAAGUGUAUGCCAUUCUUCGUGCGUGAUCCUCGAAACGGUGGAGAAUGUGUUCCCUGCUCAGAGUACUGCCACGGUCAUACGGAUAUUUGCGUUGGCAAAGAUCUGGAACCGUCUGUGCGGAACAUGAGCUACGCUGAACUUACGAGAACGCUCACCGAAGGACCACAGUCGGACGCGGUAUGUUUGCGGUGCAGUAACUUUACGGAUGGAGAUCAAUGUGACAAGUGUAUCCCGGGUUAUUUUCGAGGGGCAAACAUCCCGAGUGAUCCCUGCCGGCGGUGCCAGUGCCACGGCCACGGAGACAUGUGCGAUCCGGUGACGGGAGAGAAGUGCAACUGUGGCAACAAUACCGAAAGUGACAACACCUGCUCUGCCAAAGGAAAGAACCUCGCGUACAGCUGCUGGUCGAUGCAGUGCACCAAGUGCAAGGAUUCUUACUCUGGCCAUCCGUCCAAUGGGCAUCAGUGCUACAAACACAUCACCGUUGACUCCAGGAUGUGCUUCGAUGCGAAAUCUAUCGAUGAAUGCAAGAUCAAACCACAACCGUUGAAGCCCGGACAAACCGUGUUCUUCGUAAUACAGCCACGCUACAUGAACGUAGAUAUUAGAUUUAUAGUAGACGUUACCCAGGGUGAACUGGAUUUCUACAUGAGUCCAAAUGAUGAGUCUUUUGUUGUACAACCAAACAAUAGCUCCGGCUACCAUGACAUUUAUCUGGAUAACCGUUACUCUUGGCAUCAAGAUAUUGUGGACAUCGAAGCCGUCGAUGGGAUGAAUGUGUAUCCGUUGAAUAUCAACCGUAACUACUCCGACAUUAACAUGGAUCCUCCUCUACCAAUUGGCUCGCUGUCCCAUUCUCACUGUCGUAUGGACACGGAAAAGUUCUUCUAUGUUAAGGAUAAAAUUGCCAAGGAUCUUAUAACUUACGUUACCCUGCAACAAUGCAACUCACUGCUACGUGUGUUUGGAUUGAAGAAUCGAUUGGUUGUGACUUUACCGCAUACAGUGCACUCGCUGGGCCAAACAAAGUUCUACAUUGCACUUAGGGCACGUGCUGGUUCCACCGCUAGUUACGGAUUGGUUUUCUUCCGACAGGAUCAGCUGCACAUUCACUUGUUUGUGUUUUUCUCGGUAUUUUUCUCCUGCUUCUUUCUCUUUUUGGCUAUUUGUGUUCUUGCGUGGAAAGCCAAACAAGCGGCGGACAUGAGACGGGCACGCAGGCGUCACGUUGUGGAGAUGCUACACAUGGCCAAACGACCCUUUGGGCGCAUCAAUCUGUCCUUGGAGACUCCCAGCGAAACGCCCGCCAGUCAUCGUAAAAGGGGCCGAAGUAAACAGGCGUCCGCGCACCAUUUGCAACAGGACAUUGCUCCCGUGGCACUGGAACCGACCGCAGACAAUGUGGCCGCGGUUGGAACCGUAUUCGUGCGUCUUCCAGGCAAGCACAAGUCCCAGGUAUCGCUGGCGCUGGCCUCCUCUCUUGUGGUUCUGACCCGAAAUCAUCACACCACGUACAAUCGGGCAUUCCAGCGUCGGAGAGGAUCCUCGCAUUACGUUCCACCAAAUAUGCAACAGGGACCGCCGUUGUUUGUUGAUUUGCCCCAAGAGCAGGUCCCUCUGCAGCCACUUGCAUUGAACAGGGCACAGUAAAGUUGAAGCCAAAUACGUGAUCGUGAUCAUGAACAAGCACAUUUUGGGAGCCUCGCAGCAAAGAACCCACUUAUGAGUUUACGGUAAUGUUUACUAUCUAAGAACAAAUGCACAGUUAGUCCAGAACCUAUAGUUAGUUUGUACAAGUAUGUAAUUGAAGUUUUCUUUCAAAGACAAUUUAUUUAUAGGGAAAAUAAUAAAUUAUUGAUAGCAACUUAGGAUUGUAUUAGGCAAAAAUAACCACUGAUCUCGAGAGAGCUAUAACUGGGAUAGCUUACUGUAAAUAUCAAUAGCAAAUGAAUGGCGAAUAUGGUAGAGUGCAAUUUAGAUUACUCAAGCGUAAUCCCGAACAAAGACAAGAAAAGAAUCUCUGUAUGUAAUGUAAGAUGUGAAUGUAAUGUUGCUAUGAACGUCCGAAAAGUAGUGAUUUCUUAAAA